AUGCCAGCUUGGAAUAGAAUAAAGAAGGAUGUAAUUUGCAAGGCCAUUCAUACAUGGAGAUCUCUUGAAUCCCUGACAAUGCCUAGUAUAAUGAAUCCACCUUAUCUUAUAGUGGAAAUAGCCCUAAAUUUCAAGAACUUCAGUGAACUCAAGGUCAUAGGUCCUUUUGACGUUCUCUUUGCUUCUACGAUAGCCAAAUUUCUUCCAAAUUUGAAGAUUUUGAGCUUGAGAUGCUCAGUGAUAGUUAAGGAUGCCAUAUUGCUUGUAUUGGAUAACCAACCAAAUCUGGAAGUCCUCAACAUAUCACAUUGUCUUGUUAUAGAAGGUCCACUGCUUCCUUCACUGAUGCCCGAAAAAAUUAUUAAGAAGCUAGAUAAAAUUAUCUUGGAGAAUGCUGCUUGA